AUGGAUACAGAAGAAAAUGAAUUAGCGGUCCUAGAAAGCAAACACCGCAAAGAAAAGAAGGAACUACAAGCACAGAUACAGGCGUUAAAAAAAGCCGCAAAAAAUGAUAAGACAAAAAGAAAAGAGUUAACAGCAGAAAUAUUAAGGUUAGAAACUGAAAUGGAUACUAGGCAUCAGCAAGAAAUUGAUACAGCCAAUAAAAACGUCAAAGAAGAAACAGAUACUGUUCUCAAUAAUGUAGAAAAUGAAUUAACAAAUGUAAAAAUUUCUAAAGCUCAAAAACGUAGAGAUAAGAAAUUACAGCAAGAAAAAGAGCGAGAUGAACUAAUAAAGCAACAAGAACAGGAAAAUCGACAUGGUCCAAGAAAUAUUGAAUUACAAGAAAUAAACAACAAAUUGAAAGUAAGAGGACUUAAAAUAUUCAUGAUACCGUCAGAUGGUGACUGUUUGUAUAAAGCUAUCUCUCAUCAAUUGGCAAUCAUCAAAAAAAAAGAUGUAUCUGUAGAUGAAUUGAGAGUCAGUGCUGCAAAAUACAUAAGGCAAAAUAAAGGUGACUUUCUUCCAUUUAUGACGAAUCCUGACACAUUCGAAAUGUUAACUGAUGAAGAAUUUGAGGAAUAUUGUGAAAAGCUUGAAAAUACUAAAGUGUGGGGUGGUCAGCUGGAGGUUAGAGCAUUGUCUAAUUCUUUGCAAUGUCCAAUUACAAUUAUUCAGGCAACUGGACCAGGUUCUAUUGAUCAAGGAGAUGAAUAUGAGAAACCACCCCUAAUAAUAACAUAUCAUAGACAUAUGUAUGGACUAGGGGAACAUUAUAACUCAACUGUUCAAGGAGAAGUUGAAGUUGGAUCAUGUUAA